AUGGCGCCCCCUCACGUCAAGCCCCAGUCACCCCAGGAGGGUUCGACCUGGUCUCAGCAAUUGCCCACCCCCCCUCAAACUCGCAGCAUGCGACAAAACCGUCGCAUGGAGAACUCAAUCAGCAACACGCCUAACGUUGACCCAUCUUCGCCUGUGGCCGACAAUGCCAGCGCCGAGGAAGAUGGGCAGGAUUUGGAUCUUGAUUGGGUGAACAGAGCCCCCAGGUACCUGGAUCCUCGAACUGAAGAAGAUCGGACGGAUCGUCUCGCUCUAGAGGCCGACCUUCGCCGUGGCGGCACUCGUUGCUACCACACAGACAAGUGCAACACCAACGCGCCUCCCCGCAAGGCCGUAUCUCAGUUUUUCGGGCGCAACAAGAAGGCAACAAGACAAAUGCCUGAUCGUGUUUGGUGCAACUUGUGCCGCAAGCAUUACCAGCGCGCUCGCUACCGCAACUUGGCCGAGUACUCCCUUGAUCAGUGCAAUCUUAUCAUCGGAACAAUCGUCCGAGCCCAGAUCUGGUCCGAUAUCAGCCAUCGGGAGAACCCGCACCUGAAGGGAGGACUUCUGAACGGAUGGAAGCUUGUUCCCCGUAAGCGCGAGCAGCAGCGUCAGGAAGAGGCCAGCAAGGCGCUUGAGAAGGCACGUCUCCAGAGGGACAAGAAGCGGUCGCGCGACGAAUAUGACGACGAUCUCGGUGAAGUCGACUUCCUUCCCACCUCUAGGGUCGCGCCUGCCCUGCUUAAUCUUUGUGAUCGUGUCUACUCGUCGGUCCAGAUCAUCGACAUCAUCGAUGAGCAUUUCAAGGCCCCCCUUGAGGAGGCCCUCAGCGCCGGCCAUCCCUCUCAUGGCCUCCCCGACGUUGAGAUUCUUCCCGAGUAUGAUGGCACUGAUGAAUCCCUCGAGAAGGAGCGCAAGGAGAAGGCCACCAAGAAAAAGGCCAACUCGGGAAACAUGAAUACCCCUGAGAAGCGCCGCAAGCGGGCCACCCCGGGCACUGACUCGGACGACUCGAGCUAUCGCUACUCGCAUCAGCAACAUUCUGCCUAUGGCUACGACAACAGGCAGUAUGCCGGAGGUCACAACAACCUCCCUUCCCCCAGCCCCAGCAGAUCCAACUGGCCGGCCCAUAACUCCCAGGGCCCCUAUUAUUCUUCUCCCUACGGCAACGGCUACAACGACUACAACGACAGGUCGUAUGCUGAGAGCCAGGCCAAUGUCUCCUCACCCAGCCUUAACAGAUCUGACUGGAAUCCUAGCUAUCGUCAAGCUCCUUCCAGUUACUACCAGCCCACUAACUCGGUCAACAAUGGCCUCCAAAACAAUACAUCCGCCGCCUACAGCGGCAACACCCUUGCCCCCAUCGGUUCCGGCCGCGGUUAUAUGAACUCGAGCUAUGCCGGUAUCACCCCGAGCUACAGCGCCCCAGGCGGCUUGGGGACCAACAACAGCGGCAGCAUGUCCACGUCCGGAUCUAGCUUGAACCCCAUGCUCCAGAACGACAACUCGUUCUAUCAACCCGCCUCGCAGAGAAGGGGGACCAUUGCUACUUACCGCACUUCCCAGCCCACAUACGAGUCCCGUCGCACCCUUUCCGAGGCGAACAACCAGUACAUCGCUGGCCCUCCCAUCACCGCUUCCCAUGCGGCCUCUAUCCUCACCAACUUCCAGGAGAGUGUUCGUCCGAAGUACGAGCCUGCAAGUGGUUCGUCUGACCCCAUGCAAGGACCUGGAUACCCGGACUACUCGUCUGGCAGCUAUCCCAACCGUUACUAA